AUGAGGGGAGCAACUGCAACAGAUGAAGAGCCAAUCCCGUUAUUGCAAUUAGGAGUUGCAUCGCCUCCGCCUUCGCCUUCGCCUAUGGCUGUGGAUGACUUAUUCAACUCCGACCAAUCAGAUAAAAGAACUGGGAAUACAUGGACGGCGUCGGCGCAUAUCAUCACCGGCGUGAUCGGCUCCGGGGUGCUGUCGCUCGCUUGGAGCAUGGCGCAGCUGGGCUGGAUUUGGGGCCCACUUCUGAUGCUUCUCUUCGCCGCUGUUACCUUGUUCUCUUCCUUCCUCAUCUCCAACUGCUACCGAUCUCCCGAUCCUGACUACGGCCCUUCCAGAAACACAUCUUACAUUGCUGCUGUUCAAUCUAAUUUGGGUGGGUGA